GUACGCGUGUAAGUUGGUCGUGUGUGUGGGUUGGGGUUCUUUCCUUACAAUAUCGCGGCGGCUCGAAAAACACGCGUUCCUUUUUAUACUUGGAAAGCGAUAAAUCGUACGUGCGAUAGAUUCAGGUUGUGUUGCGAGGUUGUAGCAAGCUCUAGCUAGGACCGUGGCUACGGUUAUCGGGGUAAACCAAUCAUAAGAGGCCCGGCAUGAGAGCGCUCAAGGUUCGGGCCAAGGCCCGAACCUGGACCCACUUAAUCUCGGGCCCCUCCCCUUGGACUAGGGCGUGCUCUACUUCUUUCCGCCUGCCUCUCCAACUUGCAGUGCAGCCAGUGCCUGGGAGAUUUGUGACAAUUCGGUAUAGAACUAAUAAAACCAAAUAGCAUUACAGGAGGCUACGUA